AAUGAUCAAUUUCCGUCAAAAUCACAAAGAAAGUGAUAAAAUAUCACUAAGGAAUAUAAAUUAAAUAUUACAUUUUAUUGACAUUUAGAGUGAAAAAAAUUUUAAUUAUUAUAAAGUUUGAAAAACCAAAUUGUUCUAUUUUUGGAAUAGUGGGCGUUUAGUAGCGAUUAUUCUCGAAGGUAAAAAGAGAGUGAGAGAGAGAGAGAGAGAGGGUUCAAGAAUCGAAGAUCGAAAAGAUCAUCUCUGCUCGCGAGUCGAGCGAACAAGUAAAUUAUUAACAAAUAAAAAACAUAUAUCGGUGUUUUAUCAUUCGUUUUAAAAAGAAAAUAACCAUCUUUAAAUAUUAAAUGACUCUACUAAAUAAUAGACUUGUCAUUUAAAAUCGAUUUUGACCCGCGCGCGAGUGUUUUCGUGACCUUCUGCAAAAAGCGGAAAUCUUCAUUUUUUUUUUUUUACAAUAAAAAAAAAAUAUAUAUUUUCAUCACACGUCGCGAGUUUUAUUAUUAUAAAGAAUAUAUAAAUUUCUAUUCCUGUACAGAAUUAUUAGUAAAAAGAAAAAAAAAGAAAAUAAAAAUAAUAACAGUGACAAAAGGAAGUUAAAAUUGGAAGUAAAUAUAAAAGAUAACGAAAGUUCGUGUGUGUGUGUGCUCAACGUGGUUUUCGCCGCCGUCAUCAACGACGACGACGUUAAAACACAAAAGAUCGUCAGCAAAAAAAGAAAACACGCGAGUUUUAUCGUUAGCUAAUUAAAAAUUCAAAAAAAAAAUAGAAACGGAGAAAUAUUGACAACUUGAAAGAUUUACAUUCUAUGAACACUAAGGGCCAAGAGGACCCUGGAGAAGAUCUCGCAUCCAGGGUAGGUGCUGAAAGCCCUUGCAGCGACAUGAAGCGAGCAGCUGCCAAAAAACUCAUUGAGAGAUACUUUUAUCAACUCACAGACGGUUGUGGAAAUCCUCAAUGUGACAAUGAAAAUUGUGUUUCAAGUGGAAAGGUGACAAAUCUCACGCCAAAUCAAGCGGCGGCGCAGGCAAUUCAAUUAUUUUCACAGGAAGCGAGACUUUGCGAUGGUACACAACCAAGUAAAGUUGCAAGGACAACAUUGGAACCUGGACCCGCUUCAUUGGCAAAAAGUCUCCCAGUGAAAAAUGUCAAUCCCACAUGUUCCGUUGAAGGAAAAGAGGAACCAUAUCUCACAGAAGUGAAACUUUUGGAAAUAAUAGAAAAAUGUAGAACCGAAGGUUCAUAUUCAUUGUUAAUUCGAACAUUGGGCGAGGUUUUCUCGUCGGCUGAAGCAUUAAGUAGAAGUUUUCAAAGGACAGAAAAAAAUGACUCGCCACUGGCAGCAUUAUUGGAUAGAGCUCCAGUUUCAUUAUUAAGGCCGCCUGCUGAUUUAAAUAAAGAAGCUGUGAGAUCAUUACAGGGUGAAGAUAAAGAGGAAGACAGUAGUGAUCCAUCGCCAACUGUUUUACAUCCCGACGAUACAAGUGUCGAUCUUCCUGGUGUUCGAAGAGCUUUCACUGCUUUAUGGUCCUUACCAGGUGAUGCUUUUGAAUCAGCUUUAGUACAUGCACUAGUCACACUGGCCGAUAAUAUAGAAUUAGGACUCAGGGUAUUUGGAAUAAUGCCUUAUGACAGUACCGAUAGUUUAUUAAAUGUUUUCUUAAUUGUUUUUGAAAUCCCAGUAUUGGGAACGAGUGAUUAUUUGGAAUUGGCAUUACAUAUGCUGUGUAAAGCGGCAAGUUGUUUACCAUUACCAGCACAGGCAAAAUUAGCACGAAUUUGGGCACGACAUUGUAAAUCAAGACUUGAAUGUUUACUUCAAGCACUACAACAGCUUAUAACUGUUAAGGUUAUUGGCGGUUCUUUUACACGUGAUUAUUGUGUCCAAGAUGCGGAUACAAUAACAGCACCAACGAAAGUUAUGAAAAUACUCUAUUAUGCAAAUAUUUUGGCGGGUGAAAUGGAUCCACCAGAAUUUUCCCAAGAAGAAGAAGGCGAAGUUAUGAGUUCCGAUAAAUCGGGAUCAAAAUCAACGACUUCGCAAACAAUUCAGGAUCCCCUUGCGAAAGCACUUGGAAUUUCUUCGCUUGAUGCACGCAAAGCGUUCAUUCCAUUCACAGAUUUUUACAACGAACCAUUGAGUGAUGCAGUUGAAAUGGAUAAGGAUUUUGCCUAUUAUAAAAGUGAUCAACCAAUGAAAUUUAGCUUUAUGAAUUUUGCUUUUAUUCUCACGCCAGCGACAAAAACACUUGGCCUUUAUUAUGAUAAUCGAAUAAGAAUGUACAGUGAACGGCGAAUGAGUUUUCUUCAAACAGUCGUUGGACAACCGACAAAUCCAUAUCUUAGACUAAAGGUUCGACGAGAUCAUUUAAUUGACGACGCUCUAGUGGAAUUGGAAAUUGUCGCAAUGGAAAAUCCGUCUGAUCUUAAAAAACAAUUGGUUGUUGAAUUCGAAGGAGAACAGGGAGUCGACGAAGGUGGAGUGUCGAAGGAAUUUUUUCAACUCGUUGUCGAGGAAAUAUUUAAUCCCGAUUAUGGAAUGUUUACGACGCAGGAAGACACACAAACAACGUGGUUUAAUUCAACGUCUUUUGAAAGUGAUGCCCAAUUCACGCUAAUUGGAGUUGUUCUCGGUCUUGCAAUUUACAAUAAUGUCAUUCUUGAUGUACGUUUUCCAAUGAUUGUUUAUCGAAAACUUUUAGGAAAAAGGGGCUGUUACGCUGAUUUAGAAGAUUGGAGUCCAACUUUAUUUAGAAGUCUUUCGGAAAUAAUGAGUUAUAACGGUGACGAUAUGUCCGAGACAUUUAUGCAAACUUUUAGAGUUGGCUACAAAGAUGUUUUUGGUUCGGUUCUAUUUCACGAGCUCAAAGACAAAGGAGACGAGAUUUAUGUUUCGCAAGAGAAUAAAAAAGAAUUUGUCGAUCUUUAUGCUGAUUUUUUGUUAAAUAAAUCAGUUGAAAGGCAAUUUAAGGCAUUUCGACGUGGUUUUCAAAUGGUUACAGAUGAAAGUCCACUUGGUUUAUUAUUUAGGCCUGAAGAAAUUGAACAGCUCGUUUGCGGAAGUAAAAUUUUCGAUUUCGCGGAACUUGAAGCGGCAACGGAAUAUGAAGGUGGUUACACCGCGGAAAGUGAAGCGGUGAGGAAUUUUUGGCGUGUGGCACAUUCAUUAGCACCUGAAAGUCAAAGGCGACUUUUGCAAUUUACAACCGGAAGUGAUCGAGUACCUGUUGGUGGAUUGUCGAGAUUAAAAAUGGUUAUUGCUCGCCACGGGCCUGAUUCCGAUAGGUUACCAAUAGCGCAUACAUGUUUCAAUGUUUUAUUAUUACCAGACUAUAGUACCAUAGAAAAACUACAAGACAGACUUUUAAAAGCGAUAAAUUAUUCAAAAGGUUUCGGAAUGCUGUGAGAAACUUUUUUUUUCAUGUUUCAUAUUCUAAUUAACGAGGGAACCAAAAAAAAAAAAAAAAAAAGUCAGUUUCCUAAUUCCCUCCUCUUAUUUAUUUGACAAAGGAAAAUUUUGAAGAACUUUUUUUUAAAAAAGAAAGAACAACAAAAAUAAAAGGGACGCUUAUCCAAAUCAGUGAUUUUUAAGCUCGAGAGAAAGGAUUUUUCAAAACUGAAACUUCCUUAAAAAAAAUAAUAAGCUUAAGCAGUGUACAAAAAAAAUUCAAAUAUUUUUUCUCUAAUCGCGACACUUCUUCUUUUUGUCGCGUUUCUUGAAAAGAAAAAUAUACAGAUUGUGUUACGGAAGUAAAAAAAAAAUUUUUCCUUUUUUUUUUGUUGAAUAUAAAAUGAAAUUUUUUUUCAGACCUCCGAAACAUAAUAAUCUUGUAUAUAUAUUAUUUUUUUUUAAUUAUUUCUUUUGACGCAAAUUUUUUCAAAAAAAAAACAAGCGCGUUUUGAUUUUAAUUUUUUUUUUUUUUUUUUUUUUAUAAGAAAGACGAGACUGAGGAAAGUGGAGUUUAACCAAGACCCCAAAGAGACACGAGCUGAAUGACUGUGAUGUAAGAAAGAAAGAGAGCAAAAGAGAAUGAGAGAAAAUGUUGUAUGUCAAGUGAAAUGUUAAUGUAGAUUGUACAAUGUAUGAAGUUAUUUAAGAGAAAAACAAAAAAAAAAAAAAUCACGAAACAUUUAAUGUGACUGAAAAUUGAAUAGCAAAAAAAAAGAAUAAAAAUUUUUUUUAAACAUGA